AUUUUCCACAUUCGCGAUAAGAUAUAGUUCUUCUGCACAAAAGUAGACGCAUCCACGUUAUUUUGUCACAUCUUCUGAAUCAGUCGAGUGGACAUAUCUCAGAAAUGCCUCUUUACAACUUAUCCCCAUCGUCCUACCUCGGGCUGUCAGCCUGGUUCAACCAAUACGCACGAGGCAGCACACUACUGGGCAAGCAGGAGCUGAGGGCUGUUCUCUCCAAACACGGGCUCAAACCAACCGACAGUGAGCUCCAGUCGAUGAUCGAUGAGGUCUCCGUCGAGAGUAAUGGCAUCGGAUUCCAGGCGUUCAUUGAUUUGGCCAGCGAAUACGAUGGUUACAGGGACCAAAACAAGGAAUUCGCAGAGGCAUUCAGAAUAUAUGAUCGCAGUGGUUCCGGUGAAAUUUCCAAAGAAGACCUUGAAUACUGUCUGAACAAGAUGGGCAACAAGGGGGCGUCGGUGGACGCCAUCAUUGCAGAAGCUGACAGAAAUAAGGAUGGAAAGAUCCAAUAUGACGAAUUCGUUGAAUUGAUGAAGAGACGUUUAUAGACCACGUGACUACUACAUGUCGACCCAGCACAUAAUUGUUAUGAACAUUUUGUUAUGAACAUUCUCAAGAAUUUAUCAAAAAUUUUAGAUUUUCUAUACCACUCGGUGAACAUUUUCUAUAGUUUUAGAUUUGUCUAUGUUUCCCAGUAUUUACAGUGACACUCAAUUGACAAUUAUUCAACAUCAACUACUUAUUUUCAAAUUAUGAUAUGUAUUUUCACAUAUCUUAUUAAGUGGUUAAUUGUAGUGUGUAUGUGUGUCUGCAGGGUCCUAAUGGAAACAAGAAAACAUAUAUUUCUCUUAUUCGAUAACCCUGAAUAAAUAAAAUAGAA